GCCAGUCUAUUUGCGUGUACCGGCCGUGUCCACCCGUGACGACAACCGUGGAAGGCGCCUGAAAAGUGUAUAUAAUAUUGUCAUGUGUUUCGCAAGUACGAUAAAACCGAUAGUUAAUUAAUAAUUUUUUUUUCUUUGUUGUCGUUUAAUUUCUUCGAUAUUAUAAUAUAUAAUAAAUCAUUAUCGAUCGCUCGCCGCCGCCGCCGGUUACCUGCGCACCGUGUGUCACAGGAAACGACGUUACCGCGACCACAAUAAUAGUACCUACCUAUUACAGCUGUUGUUAUAGGAAAUAUUUUAAAAUUCAAAUACACCAAUAACAACCCUCCCCCACCCCCUCGGCCAUGGCGGAGGUCAAGAGGAAACCCGUGGUCUACAGUUUCGGGGCCGAGGGCCGAGAAGCCUGUUGGUCGGCCCUGACCAGCUCGAUGAACCGAUUUCAAAAACAACAAAAAAAAGUUUUACCACCGUUACAUUUGUUGAGUGACAUUUCACAUGGGUCCUCGAGUAGUGACAUGGAAGGAGAAUGCAGAGAUGACACAACAGCGUCGUCCAACUCGGACGUGGCGAGAAAAAUGACCAAUAAAAUGGGCAAGGAGAACGCCGAUUUGCCACAGCCCCAGAAACGUCACCGGUUCACCAAAUAUUCCAGUUGGUCGAGUAAGAACAGACCGCCUUUCCGGUCGUAUCACAAACCGUUACAGCAGCCCCAAAACACUUGCCAGUCGGAAACUCAAAGGCCUCCGUCGCCGACAACUCCAAUACCUUUGGCGACCGUUGCUGCACAGGCACCACAACCCAAAUGCGAUCAGACCGACUGUUGGCCCAGAGACUCGGAGGUUGCUUAUGGCAUAACUAUCAAUAACAACACAAUCAACGGCUACUACAACGACGACGGUGCCCAGUCGAAGAAACCCGCCGUUGAGGAGGUGGUCCGUGAAGAAAUCUUACCGGUGGAGAUGGUCCGUGAAGAAAUAUUACCUGUGGAAGUGGUCCGUGAAGAAAUCUCGGCAGUGGUCGAGCACAUAGUCAUCGAGAAGCAAUUGCUAAGCAUGGCCGAUGCCAGGACCGCUGAAGAAGACUCGUCACCGCCAUUGUCGAUCGACACUUUAGUAGAUUGUGACAACGACAAUGACGAUAACGAGUCUUUGACUGCGUUCGUAGACACAACGCUGACGAUGGAACUCGACAAAAACCAAGGCAAAGCAUCGACGACACCUGUUAGCAACAUCAGCAGUGUUGUUAGUAAACGGUACAACGUGGACACUGUGGACAAACCGUCGUUCAAGUACGAAAUGAAAAUCAAGGAGAUCGACAAUAACAUAGUAACGUUUUCCAGAUCGUUUCUGGGCACGGUACUGUUCGUCGUGUUGCUACGCCUUUUGUUCUGACCGAGUGGCACAAUUUCCGUAUUAAAAGACAAACAAACCAAAAACAAAAAAAAGCUGGGUAAAAUUUUCCUUUGGCACCGAUGGAAUUUUCAAAUACACCACAAGGGUGUGUUUAAAAAUACCCACCAAGCCUUGGAAAAGUUUACUCAUUACACGCUAUUGGAAAAAAAUCCACAUUGUCUCGAUUUCAGCAACUGUGGUUUCGAUUUUUUACGAAUUUACCAAAAAUGUGAUUUUUUUCCUCUCAGUGUACCCACCAAACACCAUGCAUGUAAAUUACAACAUUGUACUUAUACUUUAUAAUUUUUUUAUUAUUAUUAUUUUUAUGUCUUUUCAUUUAUACUGCUUUAUAUUUAACCAUUAUCGUCAAAACUAUACAUAUUAUUCGAUUUUUUCAUACCUAUAUUAUUAUUAUUUACUAUUGUUUAUAUUUGCACGUUAUAUAUUACUUACACACACUCCUUAUAAUAUGAACAACAUUUUUUUUUCUGGAGCUGUUUUAUAUUGAAUUAUUGUUGAUUAUUAAUUUUUUUUAUUGUUUGAAUUAUUCAUAUUGUAUAUCGGCGAGCUAUUGAUUUUAUAUAAUAAUAAUUAUGUUAUAAAUACAGGAUUGAAUUUUUAAUUACAAAAAAAUGUUUACUAAAAUAAUAUUAUUCUGCUUGCUUGCAGUAAGACGCUCGCUCUCGCAUAGACUAGUAAAUUUAUAUAUUUUUUUGUUAUUAAUGUUAACUUAUCUCCUGUAUGUAUAACACGAGCGGCCGCUUUGAAGCGCUUAUAACAUUUCUAUUAUGUUUUAAACGUUUAUCAGUUUGUGAGUAUUACCAAGAAUAUUGUAUAUUGUUUAAUAUUACUGUGUAUUAUAUUAAAAUGCCAAAACGUUAUUUUGUU